AUGCCCGAUCCGUUUUAACGGAUCAUCAACCGUUAUUUAUUUAACGGAUCAACCAAAACUAAGUUUCAUCGCGAAAUUAAUCUCGUCGUGCUCUGUUGUUCGUCGCGCUUCUUCCGAAUCGUGUACUUGGAUCGAUCGUGUAUACGCUUCGCUCAGUGUACGACCUCGACGGAAGGAAAACUCUGUGUUUCCGUUCUCGAACGUGCGCGUCAAGGAUCCGUUGGGACGAGGACGAGCUCCGCUGUUAUCGCACUCCUCUCAUUCAACCCGUGGCCGUUCCAUCGGAUAAAUCCAAGUGCCGUGUCGCGGAUUUCCACCGCGGUGAUCGGGGGAAUAGAAGUAGGCAAGGAAAGAGCAUCAUGUCCGAGGGUCGGUGCGAAUCGCAGCCCAACGUUCCAGACCCCUCCGAGCCUGGAACGAGCUCGGAUCGAGAGAACCCGAAUCGCAACUCCCUAACCCCGUCGAGCGACGUCGACCUAAACCCAAGCAUAGAAGAGCUGAUAGAAAGGAUCAAGAUCCUCGCACUGGAGACACCGAGGCCCCACAACAAGUUGCCAAGAGCUCCCUUCCCCACCCCCGCCAAGGCGUCCCCGGACGGCAGAGCGAUGGCGGAGAACCUGCCCUCCUCCUCCUUCGCCGAGGACGGCCAAGAGCUGGGGUUGAGGAAGCUGAAAAAAGCGAUAGAGAUACGUUUCGGGGCGAAACGUUUGCAGAGCCCCGGGAGAAGCUCGUCCAACAAGCACAUCGCGGUGGACAACAAAUUGUUGGCGACGAUGCUCACCGCGGAGCAUCAACGUCGCCAGAGGAUGGAGUGGGAUCUGGAGGUGGAGAGGGCCGACCAGGCCAUCCCUGUCGAGGAGGUGGCGAUCUCCGAGCACCAGCAGCAGCACCAUCAACCCGACUCGAUCCUCAGCCCGAAGACUCGAAGCGUGGUCUCGGACGCUUCCGUCCACGUGACGAAGGGCUCGCCCUGCUCAGAGAUAGACAGCUCGUCCGAAUUGGAGAAGUUUCAACAGGAGGGGGACUCGGCCGCGCUGUUCCUCGAGUACAGCCUGCGCGAGGUAUCCGAGGUGUUCUCCGUUUUCGUCAAGUGCAACAAGUGGAUGUUGAGGAGCAGGAUGGACAGCGCGAGCCCGGUCAAUAACGCGUUGGACAAGCGAGAUUUGGUGGGGGCGGAUAUUUUCAGGCAGGCCGUGGACAUCAGUUUCGCGGAUGCGAUCACGUGCGAGCAGAGGGAGUUGAUAUACGACAGUUACAUGCGCACCAUAGACACGAGCCAGGGCCAGUUGGAGGAGGUGCUGUGCGACGAUUCCCGUGCACCGGUCCUCCCCGAUCGGACCACCUCCACGUUUGGGUCGGAGGGGGAGAGGAGCAGAGAGGGCGACAAGCGAGACGUCGAGAAGGAGGAAGCGGUGGUCGGUGACGAGAGUGGAGAUGCGCGAACCACGAGCGAGGAGGAGAAGAUGGGCGAUGAUGAGUCCGUUCACGAUUGCUCCGCGUAUUUUCGUACCCGGUUGUCUUUGAAGUUCAACAAGCGGGAAGAAUGGAAGGAGGAGGAGGAGGAGAACAGGGAUCCCAACGAUCUUUCGAAAGGGGGCGAUGUUGGGAAGAGGAGCGUUGAUUAUUCGGGCGAAAGGACGACGAGGGACGAUAAGGGAGAGGGCGAGGAGAAGGAAUAUCCGGAUGAGAUUUUUGCGUCGGUUGAGGGUGGGGAGAGGUUGGCGGAGAAGGAAGAAGACGCGUCGAAGGAGGAGAUGAAGUCAACGGGGAGGCGGAAGUGGCGUAGCUUGAGCGAGUACGGCAACGAGUCCUCCUCGACGCCGAUAAACGAGGAAUCCAGGAAGAGGAGGACUUUCUCCGAGUCGGACGUUUUGAACGCCAGCCUAUUCAUAAGCGACGACUUUCUCUCCGAGGAUUAUAUCAGGAAAUUGGAGAGAUCCGUGUCCCUGGUGAACGAGAUCUCGAGCAAUGUGUCCGAGGAUCUGGCGAGGAGCGAUACAUCGGCCAAAUUUUUAAAGGAGAAGGAGGAGGAGGAAGAGGAGGAGGAAGAGGAGGAAGAGAAGGAGGAGGAACAAGAAGAGGAGGAAGAUGGUUCGUCCGAUGAUCUCGCCAAAUGUUCGAGGAGGGAAUCAUCGAGAUCCACGUCGUCGACAGAUUCCGUGGACGUUUUGGGGAGGAAAAGCGAUAAAACGAGGAAAUUUCAAUUGAAUUUGAGGGAGGAGGACGAGCAGGAAAGUUUGCCCGAUUCGACCAAGUGCACCAUGGACUCGAACAGCGUCAAUUCCGAUAAUCUGUCCUUGGAUCUUGACGAUGUUUACGACACGAUUCAGAGACCCGAAAGGAUCCCGUCUUCUUGCGCGGUCGAUGCGGACAACAGGAGGGAGGAGGAUAAGAGGGAGGAGAGGGUUGAAAUCGGCGAGUUUGGCUCCCUCUCCGACAGCCUUUACUUCACCCCUCCUGCUGAUCAAGCGUCGUCCAACGACAAACCCUCUUCGAAAAUUGUUAUUACCACGGAUUCGAACGAAAAGUCGUCGAAGGGAACCGAUUCGUGCGUGAAAGAGUGCGACGACGACGUUUUCGAAGACGUCGGCUCGAUGAAACCUUGCGAAAGACGAAACAGUUUUCACUCGUUCCUCAACAGGAUAUUGUUCAAGCAGAAAUACGCGACGAUGAAAGAGUCGCCGAACGAAUCGAAAGUUUCGAACGAGGAUGAGAAUAAGAACACCCUGAAGCUAAAUAUCGUGGACGAUGAAAAAAUUUCGAAGACAAAGUGUGGAAGGGCGAGGGUGGUGCCGGAGAGAUGUAGGCCAGAUGUGCUCUUUCCGCCGUCGCACAAACUUACAGUGGCCGAGGUGUUCGACCCGCGGACGGACCGGCCGCGGCCGGAAGUCCUCAAGCAACACUUUAUUCUCGAAGGUAGGAUCGACGAGGCGGCGGCUCUUCGCAUAGUCACCGAUGGAGCCGCCCUCCUCCGCUCCGAGAAGACUAUGAUCGAUAUCGAAGCUCCAGUCACCGUGUGCGGCGACAUUCACGGACAGUUCUACGACCUGAUGAAGUUAUUCGAAGUGGGCGGAUCACCCUCCACGACAAAGUAUCUCUUCCUCGGCGAUUAUGUAGACAGGGGUUAUUUCAGUAUCGAGUGCGUAUUGUACCUGUGGGCACUUAAGCUGUGCCAUCCAACCACAUUGUUCCUCCUUAGAGGCAAUCACGAGUGCCGUCAUCUCACGGAAUACUUCACAUUUAAGCAAGAAUGUAAAAUAAAAUACUCGGAGAGGGUGUACGACGCUUGCAUGGACGCGUUCGACUGUCUGCCGCUGGCGGCCCUCAUGAACCAACAGUUCCUCUGCGUGCACGGUGGACUCUCGCCGGAAAUUCACAAUCUAGAAGACAUACGCAAAUUGGACAGGUUCAAAGAGCCCCCGGCGUACGGGCCAAUGUGCGAUCUACUCUGGUCGGAUCCGUUGGAGGACUUUGGAAACGAGAAGAACGCCGAGCAUUUCUCCCACAACAGCGUCAGGGGUUGUUCGUACUUUUACAGUUACGCGGCGUGCUGCGAUUUCCUGCAGAACAACAACUUGCUGAGCAUCAUUAGGGCGCACGAGGCACAGGAUGCUGGUUAUCGCAUGUACCGGAAAUCUCAGACGACGGGCUUCCCAUCGCUAAUCACCAUCUUCAGUGCGCCCAACUACCUCGACGUUUAUAACAACAAGGCGGCAGUGCUGAAGUACGAGAACAACGUGAUGAACAUCAGGCAAUUCAACUGUUCACCUCAUCCUUAUUGGCUGCCCAACUUCAUGGACGUAUUCACGUGGUCCCUGCCGUUUGUAGGUGAAAAAGUGACGGAGAUGCUGGUGAACGUGCUCAACAUAUGCUCGGACGACGAGCUGAUGAGCGACGGAGACGACGGGCUCGAAGAAGUGUCACAAGACCUGACAUCCGCAAAUUUAACUCGCGAAAGCUUAGAGAAGCGGAAACACAACGACACCGGAACGAUAUUUUCACGUGCAGCAGCCAAUCUACGCAAGGAGGUUAUCAGAAACAAGAUCAGAGCCAUUGGCAAAAUGGCGCGCGUCUUCUCCGUCCUGAGAGAGGAAAGCGAGAGUGUGUUACAAUUGAAGGGCCUCACGCCCACUGGAGCUUUGCCUCUUGGUGCGUUAUCGGGUGGCAAAACGUCGCUAAAAAACGCUCUCCAAGGUUUCUCGCCGAACCACAAAAUCACUUCGUUCGCCGAGGCGAAGGGUCUGGACGCUAUAAACGAAAGGAUGCCGCCAAGAAAGGACGCUCCACCCACGCCAGUGACCGAAGAGAAGCCUGUGAUAAAGCCGCCGGCUUUGGCAGAGAAGCGAGAGCCAUGCACACCGCAACCGCAAUCGUGAGCCUCACACUCGUCCAAUCAAGGUGGCAAGGAUGGGUGUUAAGGUCCCAGUGCUGUCGCCGCCACCGCCGAAAGAUCCAAACCAUCGCUCGUCUCUCACCCCCGGUUAUUGUCGCCAGCGUGCCGUUCGUCGAGUCGAGAAGGAAGUGCCACCCCGAGGAGGAACGUUCACCACGAGGGAACCGAUCACGAGAUGGAAGAUGCGGAGGAACGCGUCAUGGGAACAACGAGCGUCGUCGUCGUCGCGUGUGCUGCACGCGUCUCGGCAACCGCUGCUGCGACAGGUGCCCAGGACGACGAUGGAGAUGCUCGACAAUCGGUCGCCUGGCUUCGUUCAACUCGCGUCCAAAACGAGGCGAAGCCUCGUUCACCUGCCGGGAGGAGCUGCACGCCCGGCGUGCCCUCGUCUCUUUUGUCCUCUUCCUCCCUGCGGACGACGACUCGUACGAUCUUCUUUCACCGCUCUACGAUCCGUGGUCGCGUUGGAUCAUGGCGACUUAGGAGCCGUUUAACCGCGCUGGAGCGAGCGAGUUUGUUUGUACGGGAGGAGAAAAGCGAGAUCUCCGUGUGUAUGCGUGUGUAUGCGAUCGAACAUAUAUCGUGGUAUAUUUAAAGAUGUUCCGUUGAAGUAUGCAAGUAUCGUUGGAGAAGUUGGCGAUGAAGAAACGAAGACGAGGAAUCGAGUUUCGUUCCAAGUGUUCUUUCGUGAUGAUACUUGAACGCGCAUAGACACGGAGCAGAGUCAAAUAGGAGCAAGCGUAUCGCGCUUUAGAUUCGCCGAUUUUUUUAUCAGGGAUCCUGUUGUUGUGGUAGGAAAGCGUAUUACUAUAAGUAAAUAUGUAAGGUAAUUCGAUGGAAAAUUGUUCUUCUCGGAUCGAGCUAAGGCGGGAACGAAUAGGGGGGACACGUUGUUGUUCGACUUUCUGUACGCGAGGCGAAUAACGAUCGAGGCAAGAGACAAAGAAAAACCACGGACGAGCGGUCUCCGCCAAAGAAAAUAUACAUAUAUAUAUAUAUAUAAUAAAACAGAAAUGAAGUAUAAGCGAUGAAAAAUAAAAAAAAAUCGUAGGGGGAGAAAGAGAGGCGACGAAAAAGAAAAGUAAAAAAGAGGAAGAAGAAGAAGUAAGGGAAAAGUUAAAGUAAAAGGAAGAAGAAUAAAGGAGGGAAGUAAAAUAAAAAAAGAAAAAUUUAAAGGCAGCUGGCCUGUCGAUAUGGCGGAGCUUCCGGUUUUAGGAUUCACUAGGUUCUUAAGGAGUUCGCCCUGGAGGGUGCACGGGCAUCCCCCCGCGCGUAAAAAAAAAAUGGUGGCGGGAUUACUUAAAUCUUAAGUCGAGCUAAGCCUUAGGAUUAAGUCGUAAGUUAUAUCGGAGAAUUUAUUUAAUAUACGCAUAUAUAUUAUAAAUAUAUUAUUAAUUAAUUAAUUAAUAUUAUGAUUAUUACUAUGAUUAUUAUUAUGAUUAUUAUUACUAUGGUUAUUAUUACUAAUUAUUACGAUGAUCAUCAUUACUAUCGAUAUCGAUACACGUUGAUGAUGAUGGUUCUCGCGGCACGAUAAAGGAAACAUCGCACGUCGAGCGCGUCGUUUUCCGCCCACCGGAAACGGAACUGCGUCCUCCGCGGUAGCAACACGUUGUUUUGGAAUGAAUUUAACGAGUUUAUCGGAGAUCCAUCGUAUCCAAAUCGGUUUUUUAUGAUGCGAAUAGUUCUAUAUUCGUCCCUGUAUUCCAGCAAAAAUUGUCGAUAGCUUUUGAUCCUGGACCAGCUGAUUCCAUUGGUGAAAUUUCAAAUGAUUUUCAAAUGAGGGAAUAUGCCAUCAUAGAAUAAUCGAUCCUAGUCAAGAAGAAUAAUUAAGUUUAGAUAAUUGAAUUACUUUAGAUCAGAAUCAGAUGAUCCUGUAUAGUCACGAGUAAGAAAUAAGAUGUAAUGAAAUAUCAUCAUUCCAAUUAAGAAUUAGCUGGUGCCGAUCAUGGACCAAGGUUUCCAAGGAAUACAGCCUAACAAUCUUCCCUCUUACCUCCCAUCAAUUCGUAAUGAACUUACCUUUCCCGAGAGAAUCUCUAUCAAUGUUCUAAACAUUCGAGAAUUCUCUUUAAACUAACAAAUCGUUCAAUUUCAUCCUAAAAGAAUUCGCAUAUAUAUAUUAUAUUCGAAUCUAAGAAUUUUAACCUCGAUCUAUAAUUACUUACUGAACAUCUUCCAAGAGUUUUAACUUCACAUCCCGACCAAUCUACCCGGGUGGUAUUUUAAAAUCUCGUUCGCCGAUUCUAUAACACAUAAAUCGAUCGUCAAUUAUCGUUAUGAACGACGGUCGUUUCGCUCGUACGAUAUCCAUUGGACAGUUCUACAUCUUUCCUGUAUUUAUUCAGAGAGAUGAGAAUGAUGAGAGGGAUCGAUGGCAAAAUGGCACGCUCGACGAGACAGAAAGGAAUCUCGCGGAGGCUUCGUGGGCCUCGUUCGCGCAUAAAGAAUCUAUAACGCAUACUAUAUAUAUUACAUUGAUAAACCAUGACAUGUGUGCUCCUUUUGGACGUGUGAUGCGUAUAUCUCGAUAAGAAAGGAAAAGGCAUUUUAAAAUAACACAAAAUAAGGAUACCUCGAGGAGAGACCAAGAAAAGGAAAAUGCUCGACCAAUCCGCGUGUAUAUGUAUUCAUAUUGUGUAUUGGUUAUUUGGUGCAUCAGACAAAAGAGACGAGAAAUGAUAAACUAGAAAAAGAAUGGAAAUGCCAAUUAGAGCAUCCGCAGAUCUGAUAUAUAUAUCCUUUGAACCAAGUGAAAUGGUUUGUAGAAAAUCAAAGGGAAAAUAAAGCGGAUAGCUACUUGCAUAACACGUCUAAUAGCGUUGAUCUUCUAUGAUUUUAAUGUGUGUUCUUGCUACUAUCCGACGUAAGUCUGGGCCACAGCCACACGUUGCUCGUACCUGGUGCCGGAAGUGGAGUUUUUGUAAUCUCUGAAAAAGAUAUAUUUCGAAUCAGUCGAAUGGUGGACAAUUGUUAAUGUUGUUUCGUAGUUACGUUGUAGUUUUUGUUUUCUUUUCUUUUCUUUUCUUUUUAUUGAAGGUAUGCUGGAUGCAUAAGGCAAGAGACGCCAUAGUUUCGAAAUGGAAUCAAAGCGUUUUAAGGAAGAUAUUCGAUGUGCCAUAAAGUCCAUCAGCAAUAGGAUCGAAUAGGAAUACGUGACUUCCCAAUGCUGGUUCUCUCCAGCUCUGCGAACGUGUUAAGUUCAAGCUGACGGGUAUCAGUGCCAAACUAUAAUUCCUUUAUGAUUCUUGCGGCCUCUUCGCACGAAGACCACUUACCCCUCAUUAUAUAAUUAUAUAGCUCAAAGUAUAGAUAAUUUAAUUAAUUUUAAUCGGUCGGUUUCUUGCAAUGUAACUUCCGUUUUAUAGUAUAUUACGUAUAUCGACUUUUCUUUUUAAAAUUCACUGUUUUUUUAAGAAUCUCAAUUAUCUCUGUCGCUUGGUGCAAAAACAAUUUUAAUGUUUUAAUGUUUUCUCAUUGCUUUUUAAAUUAAUUGCUUCCUGUGCUAGUUGUUUAGUUCUCAACAUUUUCCAGUGUUUAUGACUCCUGGAUGCCUCUCCGACUCCUCCUUCAUUCGUUAAAGCGUUCCCGCGCUUUUCGUCGCGUCCCCAUUUUCUUCGAUCGUGGCCAGCCCCGUAAACGAUUGUAGCGUCAAAACUGUGCCACGCUCCUUAUCAUGUAAUAUUUCUAGUAAUAAAGCGGUUUCGCGAUCGAGUCGCGGAUCUUUCUCGUCGUUUUCGCUGUUUUUUCUACCUCCUCUCUUUAAGGAUCGAUGAAAAGUGAAAGAGAAGAUGGGCGGCUACCGCGACGAAAAGCUCUCAUUGUCACGCAAUGGAAAGUCACGUUGGAUUUACAAAAAUCCGUAGAUAUUAGGAGAACGGAAAGUAUGAUAGAGUAAGACCACUUCCGGCAGCCAAACAUAGAUAGCGGCGUGCAAGAAUUACGAUCUGAAACAUAAUAAAGAUAAUGAAAGAAUAUUAUUAUAAUGAAAUGAAUUAAAUAAGAUAUAUAUAUAUAUAUAUAUACAUAUAUACGCAAACAAAUAUGCAAUAUACGUAUAUGUAUAUACAUAUAUACAUAUAAAUAUAUAUAUGUAUAUACAUAUAUAUAUAUAUAUAUAAUACAUAUAUACAUAUAAAUAUAUAUAUAUAUAUAUAUCUCUUCUCACUAUGGAUAAAAAUAUACAGUGAAUAAUAUAAUUCUAUCUCUCUUUGCUACCAAGUUGUACUUAUUCUUAAUUGAUUUACUUGUACAAAAGAAAUGUGUUAAAUAAUAAUGAAAUACAAUUAUAUAUAUAUAUAAUAUAUAUAUAAAAUAUAUAUAUAUAAUAUACAGCUAUAAAUAAAAAAUACAUAUAAAUAUAUAUAAAUAUUAUACAUAUAAUAUAGUGUUAAUUAAUUAUUAUUAUGAUUAUUAUCGCGGUCAUCGUGAGAUACGAUUAUUCUUACUUAUUUGAUUAUUGUCAUUAUAUGAUUAUUCUUAUUAUUAUUAUCAUAAUUAUAUCAUUACUUCUAUUAAUUAUUAUCGUUAUCGUUAACACCGAUGUUACCGAUGCUAUAUAUUUAAUAUUCUCAUAUUGUCAUUAUCGAAACGCAAAACAAAAAAAAAUAUUUCAAAGUACAUAAAAAGUGUGAGUGAGUGUUUACCAAGUGAAGAUGAAAAUAAAAUAAAAAUCGAAGAUCUAUUGGUAAAGUUAAUAUACAUAAUGUAUAUUAUCUGUUACUGCUGUUCGAUAUUGUGAUGGUCAUUUCAGCUGCGUUACGACGAGGGUGACACGAUAAUGGUGAUUCAGGAUUAUGUAACCAAAAAUCCGCUUGUCCUCUUUUGAACUAAAACUCGACUUAUCCAUUUUCUGCUCGCACGAUAAUCAUGUUUUCCUUGGUUGUCCAUUUCUUUUCCAUUCUAGCUUUUUCCAUUCUGCAAAUAAAGAAAUUCUUAUAUUUGUCUAUAAUAAUAAAAAAUAUUAAUUCGUUCAGUGUGUUUAUCGUAUUGUAAAUUUUAAUUCCGUCUGCUCGCGGGAUUUUCAGUGUUCAGUCAUUUUUCAAGUGUAAACUAUGGUGUUAAAUAUUUCUGUAUGCAUCAAUAAUGGAACUUUUAUUCUGUUGAUAAAUUCAAUUUCUAUUUAUUUAAUUUGUAUUGUAUUAUGCAUAAUAUUGUUCUAGUAUUUCGCAAAACAAUAAUAAGACACAAAAGUAAAAUAUAGAGAAUACAGAAAGAAUUAUAAAUAUCCUUCGAAUAUGUAAAAUCACAGAAUAAGAAUGAAAAUGUACAGUUAAAUAAGACAUUUAUGGCAAUAUCCUUUAAUUAAGACAUAUAUAGUGUCCAGCACAAUUGCUAUUCAACUUUUAUCAUUAAUUAUCGUUAUUUCACAUACAGUGUAGUAUUUAAUUGUUAGCGUUCUAAUUGCGCUCAAAGGAAAAAGAUAAAAAAAAAACAAAGAUGAAGAAAAAGAACACAAAAUAUGCUAGAACGAUGAAGUUAUUAUCGGGGCCCUUGUUUAACAAAGCGAUUUUUUUAUAUCGAGUGGUAGUAAGGAGGUAAUCAAAAAGCAAUGCAAAAUGAUUAGAAAACAGGUGGACAGAGUUGAUGAUAUGAUUCCUGAACGCGAACCGUGUCCCAACGUACGUUUUUAUGCAGUCGCCUCUUAAAACAUAUUGUACAUAUUUCUGCGGGCGUCUUAAUCCUAAUAUAUAUCGUGUCGUAGAAAUCUUUUUAGAUAGGUUAAAGAAAAAGAAAAAAAAAGAAAGAAGGAAAAAUAAAAAAAUGAUCGAUCGUCGAUAAGUCGUUGAAAACCUUAUCGACUCGGCUCGGAUCACCGUGGAUCGAUAACGAUAUUUCAUACGUGCGUGAUUCGUUAUUGAUCCGAAGAAAGGAUUGAUCCUGUGAUAAAUAUAUAUUGAAAUUAGUCAUUUGCUUCAAUCUUUUUGCAUGGAUCAAAGUGCAAUUUAUAACUCCGUUUAUGACAUCAGGCAAAUACAAUUAUAAUAACGAUUAUAAUUGUACAAUUUAUCGAAGAAACGCGUACAAUGCCGAUCAUUUUUGCAUUAUUUGAUGAAAAGAGAAACGUAUCGUUAAGAAUAAGAAUACAGGAUCAUCCUUGACGGUCGUAUCCUUUUAUCAUUGCACGGAAAAUACCGAAUAUCAAUCGGAUCCUUUAGAAAAGGAUAUGAUCAUCAUUUAUGUUGCAUCCGAACCGUCCUCGUUUUCAUAAUGACAAAUCUACAUGUUCUUUGUCGCGAUCAAUGCAUUUUCUUCUAAUUGAUUCUUAAAUUCUAUCGAUAAAUUAAAUAACGCUAAUCCAACGAACUUAUCGACUUACACUUUCGCGUGUUUUUCUAAGAUAAUUAAAAGAAAAAAAAAAUCGUUAAACAAAAUCUAAAAUAUGGAGGAAGUGCAUGCAUUGGCGUAGCAAAGAUCAAUAGAAAAAAAAAAAAGAAAAACGAGAACUGUAUUAUAAUGUAGAAGCGUGUAUAUCGUUAAGCUUACGAUUGGGAUUGAACCCAAAGCCUUUCUCUUAGACUUAUGUGCGCAUCCACUAAAACAUCCUCUCGACUCCCGGAUCGAUUCUUUUUUUUUCUUUUUUUUUUGUCUCACAUUUUAAGUUUCAUCAUUGUACGAGAAAGUACGGGUAUAAUAAUGUAACAUGCAUUAAAUAUAUAACUUUAAUACGCGAUUUAACAUUUACGAUUAUACUACAUGCUGAGUCGUAUGCAUCGUAUUCAAGAAAAGUCAAAACAGAUCGAAAAUUGAAUAGAAUAUGUAUCUUUUGUUAUAUUAUUGAUUCUGAAAACAUUUGCAUUUUCUUAAAAUGUAAAAGAAAAAAAAGAAACAAGAUGUUUUCAGAAAAAAUGAAUAGUUAUGUCUUUUGUAAUGGUUAAAAAAAAUAAAGAAGAAAGAAAAUUGAAAAGUAUACAUUACAUCAACAUGUAAUAUAAUCGUAUUCGAUUUUUUAGUAACGUAUAUAACUUUACGAUUAGAAGUCGAUCGAAUGGGAAAUCGAGCAGUGAAGAGUGGAGCGAUCUCUUAGAUUGUUACGAACUCGUUCGAAAUACUUUUUGUCCCUCCGUGAUAAACAAGGAGAACAGCUAAACGAGGAUUUUACCAUUUUAUCUACAUUUUUCAAAGACACGCACUCUUUUUCUCUAUCUCUUUAUAUCUCUUUCUAUUUCUGUCUAAUGUUACUCCGUGAUUUGUAGCGUCACCCGAAAUCAUAUGCGUCGAUGUUUAGUAUCUAGAUUUUCAAUAAGAAGGAAGUCGAAGGAAAAGCAGAGCGAUAAAAAAAAUCGAAAGAAUCUGCGAUUGCAUUAUUAAUUAUCAAGGAACCACAUGUAAACGCUUUAACAAAGAAUACACAUGAAUUUUUAAGAAUAUAAAAAACCAAAUACAAUCUACACCGGAAAUUUUGCAGAGUUCCUUUUUUUUUUACGUAUGUAUCUUCAAAAAAUGAAAUGUCUUCAAAAUGAUAAUAAUAAUAAUAAUAAUAAUAACAACAACAAUAAUAAUAAUAUUGUUUCAAAAAAUAUGAUCAAUUUUUUUUAAAACCUUUGUUAAUUCUUCGAAUUCUAUCUGCCAAGGAAAGAAAUCAUGAAGAUAAAUAUCUAUCAAUAUUCAGAUACCUAUCGAAUCUUUUUCGAUGAUCGACAAGCAAUACAAUAGCCUCGUUGGCGCGUACAACUCGAUAAAAUGGCGCAUGUCGGGGAACAGAGUUUUGCGAUGACUUAUAAAUGGUUAUAUACAUGUAUAUACGCAUAAUAUGUAUACAUACAAAGUUAAGUUACAUGAUUCUCAUCUUUUUAUAUACGUAUAUACACACACACACACAUACACGUACAUAUAUAUAGCGCAUAUACACAUAUAUACACAAUGAAACAGAGCAAGGAAAACGAAUACAUAUGAUAAGAGACACAUAAACGAUGAACUAAAUAUAUACAUAUAAUAUAUGGUAUAAUAUAUAUAACGGAUAUUCGAAAGAAACUUUUUCUAUGUAAGGAAAUUUUGAUCUUGAAAUUAGUAUCUUCUCUCAAGAGGAAAAAGUUCUUGAACGAAUCCGAUUUAUACAAUUUUGGUAAAAAAAAAAAAACAGAAUAAAAAAUGCAAGAAAAUUUUGAAUCUAACCUCAUUCUUCGUAGAAUCUGGCAUGUGUCCGUUUUGAAGAUUCAAGGAAAAUUUCUUAUUUUGCUAUAUAGCAGUGAAUCGUUCUUUACUUUGCCAUGACGUUCGUUGCAAUGACGAAUCCGAUCGAUCGCAAGUGAAAUCGCCUUUUUUCCCCAGAGAUUAGUUGCUCUCGAUAUCGAACAACGAUUUUCGAUUACCGAACUUAUCGAUAAAUUUACACGAAGAAUUUCAUGUGGAAUCAUCGCAUUUUUUAUUUUCAAUUUUACAAUCUUACAAUUUUAAUUUUAAUUUAUUAUAAUUUCUUGUAUAAAUAUAUAUAUUAAAUUAUGAGAAAAAAUUUUCAUAUAUUUUAAAUAAAAUAAAAUAUUAUACGUCAUAUAAAAUUAUAAUAUAUAAAUUUAUAACAUAUGUUAUAUGUUAUAUAAAACAUAAUACAAUCGAUCGAAUUCGCCACUAUUUUUAUGUACCUGUUACGACUGAUUAUUCUGUAUUAUCGCUGCGACAGUAAAUAUAUACAUAAACAUAUAAAAUUUGUGCACGUGUGUGUAUAUAUCUAUAUACCAUACGGUUACCAUUAUUUUGUAAUUAUCGUUAAAUGUCAUUGAUUGCUUGCUAAUCGCAAUUUGUGAUCCAUAAUCUUAUAUCGAUAAUCGUAUGUACAUAUCGAGUUAACAAAGAAACCAAAAAAAUAAAAAAAUAAAAAAAUAUGGAAAAAUAAAUGAAAUUUUCGAGGUUAAUAAUUGAAGUGAUCGAAGAAGAAGAAGAGCAGAUAUUACGAUCAGUUAUUUGAUCGACGUAUCGUGGUUUUUUUCAUUUCUCCUAUAUGUGCAAAUAAAACUGCCUUCUGGAAAAUGGGAAACAGUUAGUCAGACGAAAUAUUAGAAGAAUAAAUUGUAACGGAACAGGGGUAAUCGCAAGAAACGUAUCGUGAUAAAAAGAAGUUGGGCGAACGAAGAGAACGUCCAAAAUCGCGAUUUUAAUCAAUUUUUCUAGGGAAAUUGUAGCCUUAGACUUCGUUUCUCUUGUCAGUUUUAUGCAAUAUUAAUUCGGCGGAUAUACUUAUAUAUAUAAAAUAAAAAAAAGAAACGCAAUUAAAAAAUAAUCACGCAGCAAACUAAAGGAACAUAAUGUAAUUAAAAGUGUAUAAUUAGCAUACGAUUUUGUGGUUAUAUUGCAUAUUUAUUAUAAAAAUCAUCAAUUCAUCAUUUCUGUAUUUAAUCGAUUGAUCGAUGUAAAUGCGCUAUCGACUUGACAAGAUUGUAAAAUAUAAACUCAUAAAAGUGUAUCCGUCGAGUUUGCACAAAACACUGCAUGAGUUGUAAUCGAACUUAUAUAUAUUUGCAGCAUUUGAAGAAUGGCAUUCAACGAUAAAAUUGUACAUACGCACGUUUACUAUUAUCUAUUUACUAUUACGAUAAAUCUUAUUCUUAAUAUCUUCGACUGUAUGACUAUCGUGAUGAGAAUAAUUAUGGUAAAAGAAUUGACAACAGAAACAACAGCAAAAAUAACAAAAGAGAACUGUAUUGCAUAUAUUGUUUAGCGCUAUUAUGAACUCUAUCCCUUCUUAUGAGAUAAGCAUAAUUAUAUUUGUUUAUAUAUACAUAUACAUGACAAACAUACGUAUAGAAAUAUUACGAUUAUUAUUAUUAUUAUUAUUACUAUUAUUCUUAUUAUUACCAUUACGAUGAUUAUCAUUAUUAUUAAAUAUGAUUAUCAUCUAUUAUUAUGAUUAUCAAUAAAUAAAAAAAAUAUAAAGAUA